UUUAUGUUAUUUAAAACGUUAAUACUUCGAUCGCGGAUUCUAGGAAAUGAAAUGAUGAGAAAAUAUUCUAAUUAUUUCUAUUGUUGUCGCGAUCACCGGUGCACUUAUGGGGCUUGAAGGAAAACGUUAAAAAGAGCUCUGAAAUGGGUGGUACGAAGUACUGUUGUGUUGUGGGGUGCAAAAAUUCCCAAUCUCGGAAUCGUGAAUUAACAUUUUAUUCGUUUCCGAGACGGAGUUGGGAAAUUAAAAAAAGAAAUGAUUGGAUAAAAGCUAUCAGAAGAAUAACAUCAGAUAACAAGCCGUGGCAGCCGAAUCAGAACACUCGAAUCUGCAGUGCUCAUUUUAUUGGAGGCAAGCAAUCAAACGUGGAAAACAGCCCAGCAUAUGUCCCAACAAUUUUUCCUCCUAUAUACAAAACAAAAGAAAUAUCACAAUCGGCCUUAGCUAGACACGAGCGACUUCUGAAAAGAAAAGAGAAAAUUAACACGUCAAAAGCUGCAAAACCAGAAGUACAGGAAAAUAAUGCUAGUUACAUUGAAAUAGGAUUAAAUGGAACUCCCAAGAAAGCUGGCAGUACAAACAUUGCUUGUCAAACUGAUGGGUACGAAGAAGAGAGUUCAGAAGGAAAUACUUUCUGGAGUUGGAAUAACGAGAGGAAUGAAGCUUCAACGCAGACAAACAUUCACAUUGGAAAGCCUCAUAAAAAUGAGCGAAUUAUAGUCAAAGUGAUUCCACGGAUAAUAAUCCGAUCUCCACCAUCAUGUAUUUCAAAGACCUCCUGAACAUGAUGGCUUUGGAAUAGUUUGUGUCCUAUAAUCUAUAUACAUAUAUAAAAAUGUAUUUUCAA